AUGCGAACUGCGCGACUGUCAGGCGACCGUGGCGUGAAGCGGAAACGGCGGGUUGAUUCGAAUGAGAGGAACCGCGAGGGAAGGGAGGAGAGGAGGAGACGAGAGGAAGCGGAAGGAGCAGGUCAUGGUGGGGAGGGUGAAGAUUCGUGGUUGGGAGCGGUAGGUAGGGUGAAGGUGGGGGAUGAGGAAGCGGAGGAGAGGGAGGGGGCCUGGGAGGUGCCUGGGGGGUUGGCGAGAGGCGGCGGAGAGGCUUUGUCGCCUGAUGGUGUGCCGCAUGGCGACGAGAGGAGAGGAGCGAUGGAGGAGGCGGGGCUAGAUGAUGAGCUGGAAGAGGGCGAGGUGGUUGGGGACGAUGAUGAGGAUGAGGAGGAGGAUGGCGAAGAGGAGGAAGAAGAGGGGGAGGGGGAUGGAAGGGGGAAUGAUGAAGGAAGAUGUGUGGAGGACGAAGUGGUAAGUGAGAGGGAGGACGAAGGGUUGAGGAAGGGGGAGGAGGAGGAUGAUGACGUGGAAGGGGAAGGAGAGGAGGAGGGGGAAAGGAGAGUGGGAGAGGGAGUAUGCGGGGAGGAGGACGACGAGGAGAAGGGGCGAGAGGGAGAGGCGAAAAGCGAGGCUGGUUCCUUGGGUGAUGCAGGGAGAGGAGGAGACCGUGGCGGGAGGAGGGAUGCAGUAAGAAAGGGAGGGAAGGAGGUUGCGGUGAGUGAGAGGGUAAAUGAUGAUGCACGUACUACCGCUAUGGGCCCCGCAAGGGCAAGGGAGAUUGCGGUAAGGGAGGGAGCGAAUGAAGAAGCAUUGGUCGGCGCACAUGUGAAGGAUGAGAGGUUAGAGACGGGGGACGCGGAGCGUGAGAUUCAGGAAAAACGGGGAAGAGGCGGGUUGGCGAGCGAAGGCAGUGUGGGGAAGCGUGCGGAAGAGGCAGGGGAGCGUGAGACUAAGGAUGGGAAGAGGAGGAGAGAAGAAAGGGACUUGGAUGAGGAGAAGCGCAGGGAGAUCGAUGGCAGGGGGAGUGACGGCGGGGGACCAACAGGUGAGAGCGUCAAGAGAAGGAAAGAGAGUGAGGAGAGGGCGGAGAGGGGAGCGAAGGAGUUGAGUGGAGGAACGCCACAGGAGGCGAAAUUGGGAGCAUGCAUUGCCCAAAGUAAUGGGCGAAAAGGGGGGGCAUCAGAGGCCGGUGCCGCGGUUGUGGGGCGAGGUGGUGAGAGUGGGGGCUUGCUGCUGGCUCCUGGUGUGGUCGCAACUUCUAAAGUGCCUCAGAAGUCCGCUCCUGCUGCUCUGGCAACUUCGAAAGUGCCUCGGAAAUCCGCUCCUGGUGCUCUGGCAACUUUUAAAGCGCCUCAGAUGUCCGCUCCUGGUGCUGUGGCAACUUCGAAAGUGCCUCAGAAAUCCGCUCCUGCUGCUCUGGCAGCUCCUAAAGUGCCUCAGAAAUCCACUCCUGCUGCUGUGGCAACUUCUAAAGCGCCUCAAAAGUCCGCUCCUGCUGCUCUGGCAACCUCUAAAGAGCCUCAGGAAUCCGCCCCUGCUGCUCUGGCAACUCCUAAAGUGCCUCAGAAGACCGCUCCUGGUGCUGUGGCAACUUCGAAAGUGCCUCAGAAAUCCGCUCCUGGUGCUGUGGCAACUCCUAAAGUGCCUCAAAAUUCCGCUCCUGGUGCUGUGGCAACUUUUAAAGGGCCUCAAAAGUCCGCUCCUGGUGCUCCGGCAACCUCUAAAGUGCCUCAGAAGUCCGCUCCUAGUGUUCUGACAGCAGGUGCAGGCAGGAGCGAUGGUGGUAACGCAGUGAAGGACAUGCAUGGGGACGGACAUGCUGCUUCUGUGGGUCCAGAUGCUGUUGGUCCAGUAUCACAGCCGGAUGCAGGUACUGGCGCUGCUGGUCGUGGCAGGGAUACUGCUGAGGGAGCUGUUUGUGCCGGGGGCAGUCGUGGCAAUGCAGGUGCGGGAUCAGUAGGUGCUAGACCGAGGGACGUGCUGCAGCAGGCAGGUGCACAUACCGAGUUCCACAGCAAUGCACAGAACGUGAGGGAGGAGGCAGGGAGAGAGAGCCAAGUAACAGCGCCAAUGCUGCUCGUGAAACCAGAGGCAGCGAGUGAGGAUGAGGGUGAGGAUAGCGAGGAGGAUGAGGAGGAAGGCGCAGGGAGUUGGGAGGAGGUGGAAGAUGAAGAAGAGGAGGAGGAGGGGGAGGAAGAAGAGGCGUGCGGAGUGGUGCGUGCAGGGCAGGAGGCGGGGAGUGGGUUGGAGGGAGUGGUGGUGCCGUCUGCACGCCUGAUGCUGCAGCCUGUGGUGAAGCAGGAGCUGUGCGCACUUGAUGCAGGAGAGUGUGGUGGGGAGGGGGAAGCAAUGCCAGCAGAGGCAGAGCCAGAGGGAGAGAGAGAGGGAGAGGGUGAAGCAGCCUCUGGAGAAGGCGACAUGAGAGCAGGGGGGUUGGAGGGGGGUAGCCAUAGGGACGUGGGGGUAGGUAAAGGAGUAAAGGCCGAAGAUGAUACGGCGUGUGGUGGUUUGGGGAUAGAGGGCGUGCCUAGGAGCGACUUGGAGAGGAAUGCAAGGCAGCAGCGUGAUGGUGUUGCUGAUGAGCCGUUGCUGCCGCUGCCCUGGGAAGCAUUGCGGUCGAUGCAGUCAACGCAGUCAAUGCAGUCAAUGCAGCAGGUGCCGCUGGUACAGCUGUUACAGUUGCCGGGGGUUUCGCGUGGAGGCGGCUAUAAUGAAGGGUCUGCAGGAGCAGGGGCAGCAGUGGGAGCAGGGGGGCCAGUGGGGGCAGGGGGGCCAGUGGGGGCAGGGGGAGCAGCACUGGCACUGCCGUGGGGGGAUUGGGAGGCGCGGGUGCGAAUGCUGCGGAGGCAGCACAUGCUAUUUGAAAGCAAGGACGUGGAUGGGGAGCAGGCUGAGGUGGACUGGGUGGCAAAGAAGCAAGCAGAGAGGGAGAACCUGGUUCGGCAAGGGCUGGAGCUGCAGCUGCCGUCCAGCCAGGUGGGUGCAGCGGAGGAGGAGGCAGAGGCAGAGAGGAAGGUGCAGGCAGCGUUAAAGACGUUUGGGGGUUACAGAGAGGGGUUAGAGCGAUGUAAGAGGCAGAUGGAGGAGGCCCAGCAGAUGUUGCCUCUGUAUGCGGCUGCUGGGGUUGGUUCUGAUGCUGUUGCUGCUGCGGCUGCUGCUGUUUCUGCUGCGGCUGCUGCUGCUGGUGGUGCAGGUGCCUCUGGUUUCGCUAGUGUCCGUGCUGCCAUUGAGGGUUCUUCUGCUGCGCCCAAUGCCGCUGGAGAUGUCGCCACAGCUGCUGGUUCUGCUCCGGGUUCUUCCCCUCCCUCCUCCCAAAACCCAUCCACUGCAUCCCCCGCAGCAGCAGCAGCAGGCACACCUGCCAGGCGCAAGAGACAGUCCGCGACAAUGGAUGCAUACACCCUAAUGAGCCAGAACAACCAGUUACUCCCCCGGGACAUCAUAGGCCAUGUGCGGGGCGUGCCAGUAGGCUCCACCUUCCCCUCUCGCCUGCACCUCGCAGUGGUGGGCAUGCACACCAAGCACAUGAGCGGGAUUGAUUAUAUCCCGGCCUCCCGCUGCCCGUUCAAAGAGCAUGUGACGACGUGUAUUGUCAUGUCAGGGGGGUAUGAGGAUGAUGAAGAUGAAGGGGAAGAGUUUUGGUAUACGGGGCAGGGGUCUGGGAAUCAGAAGCUGGUGCGGGGGAAUCUGGGGCUUGCGAAUAGUUAUUUCUUGCAGCUGCCUGUGAGGGUGGUGCGCGGGCAGAUGGACGGGCUGGGGAGGAAGGCGUAUGUGUAUGAUGGGCUGUAUCAUGUGCAUGACUUUGCGCACAUGGUGGGGAAGCAGGGGUGGUAUGUGUACCGGUUUAAGAUGGUGAGGGACCCAGGGCAACCGCAGUUGAAGUCCCAGCUGGUCACGUGGCGUAGGGGGAGGAAGAGGAGACUGCUGACUGGUGGGACACCUGCUGCUGAGGGAGGUGCUGCCGCUGGUGCCGCUGGUGCUGCUGGUGCUGGUGGUGGUGCUGCUGGUGGUGGUGUCAGCGAUGGGUCUGCUGCUGUGGUGGCAGGAGCAGGUGGGAGGGCGUUGGCGUUAACAGCAGGGACGGCGGGUGGAGAGCCGAGGGUGGUGGAUGCAGCAGCAGCAGUAGUGGCAGCAGUAUUGGCGGCAGCAGUGGCAUCAGCAGGUGAACCAUCACCAGCUCCCCCUCUCACGCCCUCUCCCCCACCGCCUCAGCACCCCUCUGCCACUCCAGUGUCUGCUGUUUCCUCUGCUGCUCUUCCCCCCUCGGCCAUUCCCGCUUCGCUUCCCUCAACCCGUCCAUCCGCGCUUCCUUCUGUUGCUCUUUCAUCAGCCCGUGCUGCAGCCCCUCUCCCGGGCAAACCACAGGGACCUUGGCUGGCGCAGGCAUCUGCUCCGUCUUGCCUCGUUCUCCCCUCUCACGCCGCCGCCGCACCUGCUACUGCUCGUACUGCUGCUUCUGCUCGUAUCUCUUCCUCCUCACCUGCACCCUCCGCCUCUGCUGCUGCUGCUGUUUCUCCAAACGCACCUCGUGCUGCUCGGUUGCCUGUCCUGCUCCCACGCCCACCCAUUCAGCGGACAGUCAUCGAAUUGUCUCCCUCACCCCCCAGCUCUCCAGCUCCUCUUUCCGCGCCAUCCCCACAUCCAACCCUCCUCUCCCUCCCCCGUCAACACCAACAAAGCAUCCCCACCAGUGCUCCCCUCCGCUUGAAUCCCUUCAGCCAUGCCCCUGCUCCUUUCCCCGCUGCACCUUCCUCUCUUGCCUCUCCCCCCUCCCCUCUCCCCACCCCUGGUUCCACUGAACCAUUCGCAGCUGCUUCCCCCCGGCCUCUAUGCCUCGCAUCCCCUGUUCUACCCUCCUCCGGACCCCCUCCUGUGGCUGCUCCUGCUCUGUCUGCUUGUGUAGCCUUCCCGUCAGCUGCUCCCCCUCUCUCCCCGCCCGCCAUCCCCUCUGCGAGCUCUCUUAUUGGCUUCUUUGGCCUGCAGAAACCAUACUUCGGUUUCUCAUCAUCUUAA